AUGGCCAUGAAGCAGUUUGCUGAAGAUGCCGAAUCCGGUAAGCCCAGAGAAACUUUGGACACAGCUGGAUCCUCGUCACAUAUAGAAGACAUCGACUUAGACGCUGAAAAGGCACUUCGUUGGCGGCAAGACAAGCGCAUUAUUCCACUAUCUGCGGGCAUCUACUUUCUGUGUUAUCUUGACAGAUCUAACAUUGGGAAUGCUAAAAUUAUGAACUCGUCUACCCAUAAUGAUCUACUGAGUGAGACGGGCAUGUCCAACUAUGAGUACACCAUUGCACUCAUGAUCUUUCUAGUCGCGUAUGGUCUAUUCGAGGUGCCCUCGAAUAUACUUCUAAAACGACUGAGACCAUCACGCUGGAUCGCCUUCUUAAUGUUCGCAUGGGGCGCAUGUACAAUGGGACUGGGCGGUGUCCACAGCUACGCCUCAGUGACAGUGGUAAGAUUCCUGCUGGGUGUCUUUGAGGCAGGACUAUUUCCCGGUCUGGUCUACUAUCUGACCUUCUGGUACACAUCAUCAGAGCGCAGUCUUCGAGUGGCCUUCAUUCUAGCAUCGGCGACACUAGCCGGUGCAUUCGGCGGUGCCAUUGCUUAUGGCGUAGGACACAUGAACCAAGCAGCUGGUUUAUCUGCGUGGCGAUGGUUGUUCAUCAUUGAAGGCGCCCCUUCCUGUCUAUCUGCCGUGGCAGUGUGGUUCUUGUUACCAGAUUUUCCCGAAGACGUGAAGUGGCUGAACACGGCCGAAAAGGCCCUUGCAACUCAGCGACUUGGCCUUGAAGGGAGCAAAGGACAUGACGGUGGCAUGACUUGGGCUGAUGCGAAAGCCACGCUCGGAGACCUCAGACUUUGGGGGCACUAUAUUGUCUACUUUGGCAUAUCGGUCCCGUUUAGUUCAUUGUCACUCUUCACGCCAUCCAUAACUGCUGGUUUAGGAUACAAAGAUCUCCAAGCUCAAUUAAUGACCGUUCCUCCGUAUGCCGUAGCUUAUGUUGUACAAAUCCUCACAUCAUGGUCUGCUGACCAUUUCAACGCUCGCGGUCUUCAUUCCGCAACGUUGGCGACUAUCGGAGCUAUCGGAUUCCUUGCUUCGGCUGUACUGCCUGCUGAUGCAUAUGCAUCUCGAUAUGGUUGUCUCAUCGUUGCGGCAUGUGGAGCCUUCGCCUGUAUCCCCCCGCUUCUCGGAUGGCUGUCCUCGAACAUCUUCAGUACCGCAUCGGUAGGUAUGGCAAUCGCGUUGAACAUUGGGCUUGGAGGCGCGCCUGGCCAGAUUGUGGGUGUUUGGAUUUACAAGGCCAACGAAGCGACAGUUGGUUACCCUACAGGACACUGGACGAACGCUGCGCUGUUAUUCAUGGUUGCCGUUGGAUGUGGAAUGCUUCGCGUCUAUUAUGGCUGGAAGAACUCUAGAGCAUCUCCUGGAGCACGGCUGUUUAAAUACUGA